AAUCCAGUGGCCAGACAACUAAAUAUAGUCGCAGAUGCAACAGCAGCCUGUGGGCUUGGCUCAGUGUUAAGGAGGGAGGGCUCAGGACAAAACUCUCCGGAUUUAAAUGGGGUUUGGUAUUUUAGCAGCAGAGUGCUGAGCUUAGAGCACAUCUGUUCCCGCCGCCUGUGAUCGGAUUAAAUGACUCUUGUCGCACGUCUUGAAGCAGCAGCGUCUCUGUCGCACACUCGCUGGGGCCAAAUAGGCAAUUUCUGCAUGGGAUUUGCACCCUUUGGAAGGAUUUAGCUCCGUUGCAGAGAAGGGGGAUCUAUCGCUGGCGCUGGGCACAAACCUUUAAUUACCUUGGGGCUGCCGGGUCUUUAAACGUAUUGGGAGGCACUGACAGACCUGCUGGCGCUCUGAGAGGUGUGUGGGUGCUGCUGGGACCGCUGUAAACUUGUAUGGGACACUGAGCACCCACUCACCUGCCAAGGGAAACACCGUGUAGAACUCGCACUGAGGAGUGUCUUGUAUUUGGGUUAAAUGGGAUCGACACCACUGGGGUUAUUUAACUGCUGAAGUGCUGCAGGCAGGGGACACUGUGCACCCAGUUGAACUGCUGCUGCUACUAGAAAGUGCAUGCAAUUUGUGUUCAGGGGACACUGCUGAACUACUGCUGAUAAUAGAAAUUGCAUGAAAUUUGUGUUGCAGAGGACACUGUGCACCCAGUUGAACUGCUGCUGCUACCAGAAAGUACAUGGGAUUUGUGUUGCAGGGGAAACUCUGCUGAACUGCUGCUGCUACUGGAAAGUGCAUGGAAUUUGUGUUGCAGGGGACACUCAGCUGAACUGCUGCUACUGCUACUAGGAAGUGUAUGGGAUCUGUGUUGCAGGCAGCAUUGUGCACCCAGUCGAACUGCUGCUACUAGGCGGUGUAUAGGAUCUGUGCUGCAGGGGACACUGUACUCUCAACUGAACUGUUGGCACUAGGAAGAUGCCGGCUGCAGCUGGGGACGGACUCAGCGAGUCCCCCUCCAGGUUCUUGGCUGGGGAGAAGCCCCCUGUACACCUGGAAGAGACCUUCCUGCCGGCCUGUGUCAGCACUGUGUCCCGGGAGACUCUGCGCAACUUCCAACAUACCAAGCGGGUCGGCAGCUACCUGAUCGGGAAGAAAUUGGGAGAAGGGUCGUUUGCCAAAGUCCGAGAGGGGCUGCAUGUGGGCACCGGAGAGAAGGUGGCCGUCAAGGUGAUAGAUAAGAAGAAAGCCAAGAAGGACACGUAUGUUACUAAGAACUUGCGGAGGGAGGGCCAGAUACAACAAAUGAUUAGACACCCCAACAUCACCCAGCUCCUUGACAUUUUGGAGACAGAGAACAGUUACUAUUUAGUGAUGGAGCUGUGCCCUGGGGGUAACCUCAUGCACAAGAUCUACGAGAAGAAGAGGCUGGAGGAGCACGAGGCACGAAAGUACAUCAGGCAACUUAUCUUGGCUGUUGAGCAUCUGCACAGAGCAGGAGUUGUACACAGAGACCUGAAGAUUGAAAAUCUGUUACUGGAUGAGAACAACAACAUCAAGCUGAUCGAUUUUGGACUGAGCAACUGUGCUGGUAUCCUGGGGUAUAGUGACCCUUUCAGUACGCAGUGUGGAAGUCCUGCCUAUGCCGCUCCAGAAUUACUUGCAAGAAAGAAAUACGGCCCAAAAGUGGAUGUUUGGUCUAUUGGAGUUAAUAUGUAUGCCAUGCUGACGGGCACGCUGCCAUUCACUGUGGAGCCUUUCAGCCUGAGAGCUUUGUACCAGAAGAUGGUAGACAAAGAUAUGAAUCCGCUGCCCACCCAUAUCUCUCCGGCUGCCAUCAGCUGCCUCCGCUCUCUACUGGAACCUGACCCUCUGAAGCGACCAAACAUACAACAAGCACUGGCAAACCGCUGGCUUAAUGAUAAUUACCAUGGCAAAGGACAUCACACCUUCCCAAACAGGAUUCACCUGGAGGAUCUCAGCCAAAGCGUGGUGCUCCACAUGUCCGAGAAACUUGGCUACAAACACAGCGACGUGAUCAACGUUAUUCUCUCCAAUCGAGCUUGCCAUACCCUGGCCGUCUACUUCCUCCUGAACUGGAAACUGGAGCACUAUUUAGUGAACAUGCGGAAACCAGACAUCAAUGACAAUGUUUGCCACAAAAACCAGUUUCAUCAGUCAGAAAAAUACAAGAUGAACAAGAACUCUUAUGAGGAACGAAGAAGUAAGGAUCUAGAGAAAAGAGGAGAGCAGCAGCAGCAGCAACAGCGUGCUAUGCCGAGGAAACUGGAGAAAUGUUCCCCUUCGCACAGACAAAGUACCAGCCUGACACCACAAGGACACAUCAGCAGCAAAGGCCCCAUUAAGGAAAGGAGAUCCUCUAAGUCUGAGAGAGAAUCCUUUGGAGGCCUAAGUCCCUUCCAUGAAGUCAGGAUAACCAAGACGGGUUGCAUGAAUUCUUGCUCUUUGGAGUAUCUGGAAAUUCAAAGUCCAGACCCCAGAACCCCAAAGAUUAUGAGACGUCAAGAUUCCCACUCCCAAGAGACUGUAAAUGUAAAUAUGGGAAGCCGGAUAAGGGAAACCCAUCUCAAUGUUGUGCGUUCCUUUGAGUCUGUCAACAGGGAAGACCAAAUAGAAUCGUUAUCCCCAAAUCACCAGUACAGAGUUCUUGGAUCUCCGAUGUCCUUCUCUCCCAGGCAUUCAAGUGAAAGAACUCUUUCCCCCAUCUUUCAUUUUGACAACACAUCCCCUUUAAAGGGCCAUUCCAAUCAAGCUUCCUUCACAUACGAUGACAAAAGCAGUCCAUCAAGUCCAGAGUCAAUGUCACCAACUUCUCCCCAUUCCCCUUCUUGUAACAAUAACAUUUCUGGCAAUUUAGGAAGCCCCAAUUGUGUCAGAAGUAGGGGUCGCUUCCCAAUGAUGGGCAUUGGACAGAUGUUGAGGAAGAGGAACCAAGUUGUAUCUCCCAAAGGAGAAAAGCCUCUUGAAACACGAAUGCCCCCAUUGCACCAAAUGAGCCCAGGAUAUGCCAGCUUUAACUCAAGUGAUAUGAAUGGAUUUUGCUAGUUUAUAGUUUCUGAAGGACAAUGCUUUGCAGAAAUAAUGUACUGUGAGGGCUAAUCCAUUGUAGGAGGAAAAUACAUUGAUAUACAUGUUUAUGUAACUUUAUUCUUGCUUAAGUUCCACAACAAUUUUCUCCUUUCCAAUGAUACACAUGAUUCCAGGCUGUAUACAAUUGGGCAUAACAGAUGAAAAGGAUAUAUUACCCGUAGAACUCCUCAGUCUGUCUGCUUGGUUCUUUGGACCAUAAACAGUUUUUGCCUGAUUCCAGGCCUGUUGCACUAACCCUCAGAUACUGUACUUGACUCUUUCGGAAGCACAAAGGAGCUAAAGCAGACUGAGAACCCUGGGGAACAUACAUAUUGCCUUGUACAAGUUCUGGAAAAAAACGACAUUGCACAUGAAAGCUAAAUAACUGUGAUGUUCCAGGCUGUACAACACUAUGUUCAAAUGCUUCUAAGCUAAAUGUUUCAAAGUCAUAUUGUCAAACUGCUGAUACAGUUGUCACUCUUCAUUGUUAUAUGUUAUAUGCUGCUACAUGGCGGAACUGUCGGACAACGAGUCAAUAUUAUAUGUGUAGAAUACAGUUUCUAGAUGAAAGACUUCUAACAAGUAUGUGCUUUGUAAGUUUACAUAAUUCUUGUUCACCCACCUUUGGUAUUCUUGCACCCUCGCUUUAGUUACAGGAGGGGCAGCAGGAUUGUUUACCCACUAGUUACACCUCCAGCUCAAAACAUAUCACAACCAGUAGCCCCUGAACUUUAAUCCUUAGUAGUUUUACAUGUUAUGGAAUAUGGGAGUUGUAGUUAGUAACAGAUGGGAGGGACAGAGCUACAGAUAGGUCAUCCUAAGUCUAGAAACUCACAUAGAAUCCACUGGCCAGGCCAGAAACAAGUUUUAUUUACUCAUAACAGAGUAUUUCUAUGUGACUUGGCACACAGAUUAGUAUUCAGAAGGUACAAAAAAAAAACCUUUUUUGGAAUAUAAAGAAACUCCUUCCUUGAAUGCACUGAGCAAUUUUCACUUGACUCCACCAAAAUGCCGUGUACUGGGAGUCCCCUAUUUUUUACCCGUGCACUACAAUUAGAUGUAGAAAGAGUCAGGGACCAACAUAAGGAUGAAAAUAGUUCCAGGGGGUUCCAAAUAAUGGCUGUAAUUGGUUAUUAGUUGACUAUUAGUAGACUGGGAGCCUACAUGAGGCUCUGUUUGGCAGCACACAUAGUUUUCAUGUAGUGAAAUAGGGUUGGUUAACAACAUGUUGUUCACGAGCCACUGGUUGGGGAUGACUGGUCCUUUUUCUCUGUAGUAAUAAAACAGUAGCUUGUACUUGUUUCAAACUAUGAUAUCAUUAAUCCUUAUUGGCAGCAAAACCCGCCUAUUGGCUAUUCAAUGUUUACAUGAUUUUCUAGAAUACUUACGUAUGAAGAUCCAAAUUAUGUAAAGAUCCAUUAUCCAGAAAGCUCCAGGUCCCGCACAUUCUGGAUAACAGGUCCCAUACCAAUAUGAGUAGAGGAAGACCAUUCAUGUACCAUUCCAAAGCUUCUGACCGGCUGGAACUCAAGUUGGAGUUUUUUUCCAUACAGGGCCAAUUAAAAACUGGAACAUUAGGGAGCAUUUACUAACACGUUAUGCCACUAUUUAUUUCUAAAUAUACAGCACCAGAUUUGCUGGGCGAGUGCCCCUAGGCUGCGCGGUCUUAGCGCCCGCCCGCACUACCUCACGCAGGCGCAAGCGUGCAAGCAUCGGAGCACUGGGGAGCAGCGCCAUAGAGCGGGUGGGUGGCAUGCCACCCCCAAAAAUGUGCCGCCCUAGGCCCGGGCCUAUGUUUUUUAAUGUUCUGUUAAUUUACUUUAAGUAACACUGUUUGGGAGCCUGAACCUAUUAUACAUACAGUAUAAGCCAAUGUUUUACAACAUUUAAGUGUUACUUGGUAUCUGCGUUGCAUCCAUUUGUUCAAUAAAGUAAUGGGGAUUACUGAUA